UCAAUGGCCAGUUGCGUUGCAGUACUAAUUGUUGUUUGGGUGAGCAUAGUGAUUGCAUGGGCAUGGAGGGUGCUGAAUUGGGUGUGGUUGAGGCCAAAAAAACUAGAAAGAUGCUUGAAGGAGCAAGGCUUUACAGGCAAUUCUUACAGGCUUUUGUUUGGAGACACCAAGGAUAGCUCAAUGAUGCUGCGACAAGCACAAUCCAAACCCAUGAAACUUUCCACCUCCCAUGAUAUAGCGCCACGGGUCAUGCCAUUUGUCCAUCAAACUGUGAACACUUACGGUAGGAAUUCUUUUGUCUGGGUGGGCCCCAUACCAAAGGUGAACAUCUUGAAUCCAGAAGAUUUGAAAGAAAUAUUCAACAAACAUGAAAAUAUUCAGAGGACAGUAGCAAACCCUAUUAUCGACUUGCUAGUACAGGGCCUUGGAUCCACUGUAGAUGAGAAAUGGGCUAAACACAGGAAGAUUAUCAACCCAGCAUUCCAUUUAGAGAAGCUAAAGGGUAUGUUACCAACAUUUUACCACAGCUGUAGCGAGAUGAUUAACGAGUGGGAGAGGUUGGUGUCCAAAGAAGGUUCAUGUGAGUUGGAUGUGUGGCCAUGUCUUCUAAAUAUGUCGGCCGAUGUGAUUUCUCGGGCUGCAUUUGGAAGUAGCUAUCAAGAGGGAAGAAAAAUAUUUCAGCUACUACAACAACAAACAAAAAAUUAUGCAGCAGCCAUCCAAAGUGUUCACAUUCCGUUUCUACCAACCAAGCAUCACAAGAGGAUGAAGGAAAUCAAUAAAGAAAUAAGAGUGUUGCUCAGGGGUAUUAUAAAUAAAAGAGAAGAGGCAAUUAAGAUGGGUGAAGCCAGUAAUCAUGACUUGUUAGGUAUACUUUUGGAGUCCAACUUGAAGGAAAUUCGAGAACAUGGGAACAAGAGAAACACUGGAAUGAGUGUUGAAGAUGUAAUUGAGGAGUGUAAGUUGUUUUACUUCGCUGGCCAAGAGACCACUUCUACGCUGCUUGUUUGGGCAAUUGUUUUGCUAAGUCAAAACCAAAAUUGGCAAACUCGUGCAAGAGAAGAGGUCUUGCAAGCCUUUGGAAGCAACCCACCAACCUUUGAUGCCCUAAGCCAACUAAAAGUUGUGACCAUGGUUUUACUUGAAGUUCUUCGAUUAUACCCGCCAGGUAUUGAGCUUCCACGAACCCUUCGAAGGAAAACACAGCUUGGAAGGUUCUCAUUACCGGCUGGAGUCGAUGUCUCCUUACACAUACUGCUUGUUCACCAUAACGAAGAAUUGUGGGGUGAGGAUGCACAUGAGUUCAAGCCAGAGAGGUUUUCAGAUGGAGUUUCAAAGGCAACAAAGAACCAAUUUGCAUACUUUCCUUUUGGAGCCGGUCCAAGGAUUUGCAUUGGACAAAACUUUGCUAUGCUGGAAGCAAAAUUGGCCUUGUCAUUGAUUCUGCAACACUUUACCUUUGAACUCUCUCCCUCCUAUGCUCAUGCUCCUGCGUUACUAACCAUCCUUCAACCUCAAUAUGGUGCUCAUAUCAUUUUAAGUAAACGUUGA